GACACCCUUUCCUAGGGUCGGAUUAAAGAUGGCGCCCUCUCAUGCGGUAAGAUGCUGUCAACGGGGCUUAUCCUGGAUACCUGUGAUUUUUAUCAACCUGGUCGUGUGCUGGUCCUACUACGCUUACGUUGUGGAGCUCUGUAUAUACACAAUCGCCAACACAGAGGAGCAAGUUAUUUAUCUGAUAGUGUUUCACGCUUUUUUCUUCAUGUUCAUAUGGUCUUACUGGAAGACCAUUAUUUCCAAGCCUACAAGCCCCUCUAAAGAGUUUUGCCUCCCUAAAGCAGACAAAGAGCUGUAUGAGAAAGAGGAGAAUCCAGAGGCUCAGCAGGAAAUCCUGAAGAGAGUGGCCAGAAAUUUGCCUGUAUAUACUCGUACAGGAUCUGGGGCUAUCCGGUACUGUGAUCGCUGUCAGUUGAUCAAACCAGACAGAUGCCAUCACUGCUCCACCUGUGACAGAUGCGUCCUGAAAAUGGAUCACCACUGUCCGUGGGUUAAUAACUGUGUUGGAUUCUCCAACUAUAAAUUCUUUGUGCUGUUCCUGGCGUACUCUAUGCUGUACUGUGUCUACAUCGCCGCCACAGUUUUGCAGUACUUUAUCAAGUUCUGGACACUUUGCAGACGGAGGGCUAUAGAGCAUUGCCCAGAGAAUCACCUGCCAGACACUCAUGCUAAGUUCCACGUGUUGUUCCUGUUCUUUGUGGCGGCCAUGUUCUUCAUCAGUAUCCUGUCGCUCUUCAGCUACCACCUGUGGCUCGUGGGAAAAAACAGAACCACUAUAGAGGCGUUCAGGGCACCGGUGUUCAGAAACGGCCCAGAUAAAAAUGGCUUUACUCUGGGCUUCAGAAAGAAUGUCACCCAGGUGUUCGGAGACCAGAAGAAGUGUUGGUGCUUGCCCCUUUACAGCAGUUUGGGCGAUGGCUACACAUUUCCUACCCGCCUAGUCAACGUUGACUCAGAGCAAGGCAACAUUGAACACCAGGCCAUUAAAUGCACUGUUGAUGGACAGACAAACCCCAGACCUCUGAGCGAGUCACAGAAUCAUCUCCUAGGCAACGAUAUGCACUCGGAGGAGCGGAAAGACAGCAGCCCAGCGAACAUCGAGGUAUGUCAGCCGGUUUCAAUUACCAUGGAGAAUGAGUCAUAAUCAGGACUUUGGAGUUAAUGCACCAGGAUGUUUUCCUCUCUGAGUAGAGCACUGUUGUCAUGAGACCUCAUGUGAACGAGAGCACAGUCCUCAGAUAUCAUGCCUUAAGGUUAGCAGCAGCAUUCUCUCAUCUGAAAACGACUGUGGACUCACUGGGUUUUAUGAUGUUGUGACUAACACUUACUCUCCAAACAUGCACAUUUAUUUGACCAAAAUACCCUAAAAUGACCUUCAGGUUGCUCUGUCCAAUGUAUUUAUACCGGUUUCUCUCUGGGACGACUUCAUUUUUGUAGACCAAAAAAGUCAGACAGGGGUUGCUACCCAAGAAGCACUUUUUCACUGAGGUUUUGAGUGGAACGCUGAUGUUUACGGAUCUGAAUUAACGCAGUAUUUGAUUAGAAUGUGAUGUUAAGUUACAUUUCACUACACAGCAGCUUCAACCUCAGCCAUUAGGAGUUUCUCAAGUAUUUUGUUCAGAAGAAAGUGCAAUGAAAUAUUUAAUACUUUCCUUCUAGAUCUUUACAUUUAAUGCGUUCUAUUUGUGGAAAUCUCUAUUUAGCAUUCAGUGGUGUCCAGCAACUCUACCCAUUCGUUAACACUAUUUUUUUUUUUUUUUUUGCUGCAUUUAAAGGUUUUCACUUUUUUCAAACCUCAUGCCCCUUAGCAUUAUACUAUCAGCUUUGUGCCUUCAAAUGAGGGUUAAAUUUUGCAGCAGAUGGUGAAUCGUGACAGUAAAGCACACUUAAGAUUUCCAGGUUGUGUAGCACAUGCAGCUCGGUUUUUUUUUUGUUGUUGUUGUUUUUUUUACAGAAGGAACUCAGGCCAAGAUGUUAGACUUUGCCAGCUUCGGUUUAAGUUCGAAGACCGUUGAAGUUUUAUUCCGCGUGUUGAUGUAUAGUUUCGUUCGAUAUUCAGUGAGGUCUGUUUACAGCUGCACUGGAGGACUCUGACCUCAUAAGGAAGCUCUUGUGUGACUGAAAUACGUGUAUUUCUCUGCGUGAGCGAGAUAUGAGUGUUAAUGUUUAAGACCGUCUCUAAAAUUCAUCAUUUCAGAGUCGAUGCUCAUGGAAGUAAUUGAAUCAUGUUUUUGUUUUAUUAUGUUUUAUGUCAUUUUUCUAUUUGUUAUUGCAUGUUAAUGUGAAAAGCAAUGAAGGCGUGAUGAUUUACUGCUUUAAUCGUGACCUCUCCGUAGCAGAACUUGAGCUGACCUAAACCACAGCAACAUCACGCUUGUAAUAAUUCCUGAUAGGCUGCUGCAUCUGCUGGAAGUCACGUGCUUGGACAUGAUUCUCUUUAUGAACAUUGCUACAGGCGAGGACGGUGAUUAUGCCAAAUAUAGUCAUUUUAAUAUCAAGGAACUCACUAAUCAUUCACUUACACCCUCAUGCAUAUGUAAUAUUACUGGAAUUUGAAUACCAAACAUCUAUAGGACCUUUUUUCUUUCAUAUAUAUUUUUUUUUCCUUUAAAAUUGUACAGAAUUUUCAGCUUUUUUUUGUACUUACCCUGCAGGCCAGUUUGGUUCAUGAUGUUAUAUUUGAAGAUGUUUCUGAAGUCUGAACAGUUUGCACAGAUUUUCCAUUUGUCUAAUUCAAUUUAAUGUUUGUACUUUGCAGAUUUAACAAGUAAUCGAUGUAUGCAUUAUAGAAUUAAGACUUAAUAAAAAUCUCAGCACACUGA